UGGGCUUUGGUCAGUUCAGUAAUCGGUCGAAGUUUGGCUUGGCAGUACGAUAUCCACAGGAUGCCAAACACAAUGAUUCAGUCCACUCCGGCGUUUUCGGAAGACAUCAGCAAGCCAAAACCUCGACUCAUUUUAGGCAGGCCAAAUGUUCGCCCAAAGAGGUGCUUGACUAAGGAAGAAAUCUACAAGUUGUUUGGUGCCCCUGUCAUAAUUAAAAAGCUGAAAAACAUUCCACCAGAAGCGUAUCUUCCUAGGAUUGAAAAUUCAAACCUUGUGGAGAAACCAAAGCCUGUGAAGAGUUCAAAGCAUGUGGUGAAACCAAAGCCUGUGGAGAAACAAAAACGUGUGGAGAAAGCAGAACCUUUGCUGAAACCUGUAGUACAAGUAGGACCGAAGACACAGUUCCGAUUAACACCUUGUCCCAAUGCAAUUCAGGAAAUCAAAAGUGCCGAUAAAGAUCCUACAAAUAUAAAGAAUAAAUGUCCUGAAUUUGUUCGAAAAAAGAAGCCUAAUUCAAUUUUCGACCGAGCGGAGGACAAGGACGCGGAAGCAUUCAUCCACUGGCUUCAGGAACAAGCAGGAAAAACAGUUGGUCAAAAGCGAAGCGAUAAGUUGGUAUCAGGAACAGCUUCGUCGUCAUCAAGCAUGAAAUCCCCAGUUUUGCCCGACGACAUCCUGCUCGAUGGAAGUUGUUCCGUUCCAGGUGAAACUCAGCAGGUUGUUUCCACCGUUGGAGAAACCACGUCUGCAACUUCGGAAACAUUGACCCCCAUCACUUCGCCACCACGACAUGGACUGGUUUCAUCGCCUCAGACAUCGCCGGAUGCUGCUGCUCCCCGUAAUCGCACUCCCAGGAGGAACAAUCGUAGGCCAAUCCGACUUACUUGGACGUACACUUUGCUAGUCCCUAUAUUACUGUCCGCAAUUAUGUUCAAACUCAAAUUUCGUCAGAAUUAACAAUUAUGACGCGAAGCGACUGAUUUUUAUACUAACGAGCAGUUUCCACAAAUUGAGAUAAUAUAUUUAUGACUCUUCCCCAUAUAUUUUGUUAAAGUACCUUUAGUGUUUGCAGAAUUUACACAGAGUUGAGUAUUUUUGUUUAGUUUAGUCGAUUUUUAUCUUGCUGUAUGACAUGAUUUUAUUUAAAUGUUUUUGGAACCUGGUAUACAUACCUACAUAUUUGAAUACCGUUGUAUUAUUUUGACUAAUUUUUUAGCAAGAUGUCUUUUUACACGAUUUUAUAGUUUGAAUAGUUUUUAGUCUUUAGUCUUUAUAGAACUUUUCAUUAAAUAAAUUCUGCUAAACACCUAAAUGCUUUUCAGCCAUCGGAGACGCUAUUUUUUUGCAUGUCCAUGAACAAAUGGGUUGGUUGUUAUUGCUUGUUAUUGCGAGUGACUAUGCAAUCUUCAGCUGGGUUUCAUAUUUUCUUUCUCUCCCAUGUGCAUUCUUCUCUCUCAAUUCGCUCUUCUUUAUUUAUUUUAAAUACACACAAAAUUAAAAUUUCUAUUAAAAUUUGAAAUAAAUUUCCCAAGAUAUGUAAAAUAGUUGGUAGCAUCACUAUCAGCGGGAAUAUUCACUUAUGGAUUGAUAAUCAUAAUAUUAUGUACUGAAACGUGCAUUCUUCAUCGUCUUUUACUUGACCGGUCUUUGUUCCAAUUUACAAUAAUUGAUAAUGAUUCCUUGUCGUGAGUUGAUCACGAGGUCGGACCAGAUUUGCGUCAAUGUUGGCAUGUUGGGUCAUGUCGACUGUGGGAAGACCAGUUUGUGCAUGGCCUUGAGCACUACAGCCUCCACGGCGGCCUUUGACUCGAAUCCGCAGUCCAAGGCCAGAGGGAUUACUCUUGACCUCGGUUUUUCCGCAUUCCCCUUGGACAACAAGUACAACGUGACUUUGGUGGAUUGUCCAGGUCACGCCUCCCUCAUCAGAACCGUGCUGGGUGGAGUUCGAAUCAUGGACUUGAUGGUGCUCGUGGUCGACGUAACGAAAGGGAUGCAGCCCCAGACUUGGGAAUGCUUGAUUUUGGCGAAUAUUACGACAUGUAAUCUUAUCAUUGCCUUGAAUAAGGUGGACCUUAUUCCGCCACCGAUUCGUCCGGAAAAGAUGGAGAAAUUCUGCAGCUUGCUGAGAAGGUCGUUGAAAAAGACAAGAUUUGGUUCCGCACCGAUGGUCUUGACCUCAACAACAGAUGCUGAAAUUGGAACAGACAAGCUCAAGGAUGAAAUUCUUCAGCAUCUCAACAAAAUGACACUUGUGCGGGAUACUGCAAGUUCAUUUGUCAUGGCGAUUGACCACUGUUUCAGUAUGCGAGGAUCAGGAGCUAUAUGUACUGGAACAAUCAUCACAGGCCAAGUUAAGUUGAAUGAUACUGUUGAAUUCCCGAAACUUCAAACUACAAAGAAAGUAAAGACCAUGCAAGUUUUCCGACAACCUGUCGACUAUGCAAAAGCCGGUGAUCGAGUUGCCUUAGGAAUUCCAGGCCUUGACGCAAAAAGUAUGGAACGGGGACUUAUUACAGCCCCUGGACUCCUCCCUUCCGCGAGCAGAGCAGCAAUUGUGAAAGUUAACAAAAUCCCGUUCUUCAAAGAACAAGUCCCCUCCGGAAAACGAUUUCAUGUCUCUAUCGGAUAUUCCACAGUCACCGCCCAAGUUCAAUUUUUCAGCCCUGAUCCGACAGCAAAACUUCGCAAUGAUGAUGCAAUAUUUAGUCGAUCUAAGGAGUAUUUAGUUGAAAACGUGUUAGAGUACGUUGACGAAGAUGAUGCAUCCCGAAUUUAUUUCGCCCUACUUGUCUUUGACAAACCAGUUUUCAUUCUCCCAAACACUUUGAUCAUUGCGUCAAAUUUGCAACAGCCAGAUGAAACCGUAGCGUGCAGACUAGCCUUCCAAGGACAAGUCAUUGAAACCAGUCAAGACAAAGACGUCAAGAAGACGUACUUGCCCACUUUGAAAAUAUUCUACUACAAGAAAAAAUCUGGUAUUGUGGACCGUGUUUCUUCCGAGGAUUCCAUCAUUGUUCGUGGAUUUUGUCAAAAGAAUUCCAACGUUGAUCAUCUCAUCGGUAUGAAAGUGUUUGUUCACGGAGAAAAGUCUGAGGAAAUUGAGGAUAGUCUCGUGAGUGGCAGGAUUCAAGGUAGAUUUGGCCAGACGAAUAAGGUGCGAAUCGGGGUUGACCGCCCCCUCACUGAAGAACAGAUCCAUUACCUGAAAAACCAUGUGUGCAUUGUCGAUAUCACUUUCAAAGAGUACAAGUUCAAAAUUCGGACCGAAUCAGGUCAAAAGCUCUGUCAAUAAUUAAUUAAUCAAUACCCGGUACGCUCAAUACAAAUAUAAUAAUAACAAAUCAAAA